AUGCCGAGAACCCGCCGUCUACUCCGCGAGGAAAUCACGUACUCCAGCGCGAAGGGACGCGAGGUCAAUAUCCUUCUUCGGCUAGGCUACUAUGACCAACAAACCCGCUUCUUCAAUCAGCUAAAUGAGAACCGCGAUUGGAUUAAAUCCAUUGUCGUUCAUCAUCUAGGACUAGGUGUAAGAUCAGUCGACUCGUGUCGCGUGGCUGAAGUUGAGGACUGGUUCCAUGGAAGCUUCAACGUCUGUGUUCCAGUCACUAUCGAAGAGGAGACCCGGAAACGGAAGAAACAACAACGAAGCCGGCAUGUGCUUCUUCGACUCCCUCUUCCGUAUCGUAUUGGGGAAGCCUUUCGACCCGGAAAUGGUGAUGAGAAAGUCCGUUGUGAAGCUGGAACCUAUGCAUGGCUACAAGAAAACUGUCCAGAUGUACCAAUUCCGCACAUGUAUGGUUUUGCCAUGUCUACAGGCGAAACUUUCACGCGUCUCGAACAUCUGCCCUUCAUAUCCCGAUGUUUUCAGUCCAUCCGCCGUCGAUUGCUCUCGUGGUUGAGAUUUCCAGUUCCUUCCUACUACAUCCGUCAUCAAGGAGGAGCCCACAAUGCGAUUGGUGCUGGUUAUCUGGUAAUUGAAUACAUCGAUAAAACGCAGGGAAGGAUGCUCUCAAGCACAUGGUUUGAGAAAAAUCAGCAUGAUGUCAAGCUGCGUACUAACUUCUUUCGUGAUCUGUCUCGCAUCUUGCUAAGCAUGAGUCGAAUACCAUUACCCCAGAUCGGCUCCUUUAUUAUUGAUGAUGACGGGUUUCUGCAUUUGGCAAAUCGACCAUUGUCAGUCGAGAUUGCAGAACUUGAGAAUGAUGAAAUUCCGACUCACAUACCCCGAGAUUAUACCUACUCCACGACUGACUCUUAUAUCGUGGAUACACUUGCAUUUCAUGAUAGCCGCCUACAAAACCAGCCAAAUGCAGUAAAGAGUCUUGGUGAUACUAUUUCUCAAAUGGCUGCUCUGACCGCCAUGCGAUCCACCUUUCCACUGUUUUUUCAGCGAGAUCUCCGCCGCGGCCCUUUUAUUUUCCACUUUACCGAUCUUCACCAGAGCAAUAUCUUGGUUGAUGAAGACUGGCAUAUCACAUGUCUAAUUGAUCUGGAGUGGGCUUGCUCUCAUCCAAUUGAGAUGAUUGCACCCCCAUACUGGUUGUCAGGCAAGCGGAUGGAUGAAGUAGACCCAGACAAUUAUGAUGAAGCUAGAAAAGAGUUUAUGAAUAUUCUGACUGCUGAAGAAGAGACACAAAUGCAGGACAUUGUUGUCAAAGAUACCAUGCCACAACUGUCUAAGGUCAUGAACCGCUCCUGGAAUACUGGCACAUUUUGGUAUACACUGGCACUUUCUAGUCCUCCAGGUCUCCACAAUUUCUUUUAUGAUAGGAUCAAGCCCAUAUUUUUCAAGCAUUCUGAUGAUGAUUUUAUAUCAAUUAUGCUUUUUUACUGGGCGAAAGACGGACCGUUGCUGGCAUACCGCAAAGUGUCAGAUAAGGAAAAGUAUGACAUUCAUCUUCAACAAGAAUUUGAAGACCCGUGA